GUUUUUUAAAAAAGAACUCGGUGUGUAUAAGUGAAAUAAAGCGAAUAUGUCUGAUAUAUGUGAUUAUAUCGGAUAAUAUGGUGUAAAUGAUGAAGACUAGGUAACAUGGCGGAUUGAUACGUGUAAUCAGACGCCAUGUCCAUUUGUGGCACUUCAGGAAACUUUCCUGUGUAAACUUUAGUAACUGUAACUAAUGUUUCUCUUGGAUAGGUUAUUAUGGUCAGUUAUUCUUGGACAAUUUCUUUAUUAUCCUGAUAUCAUUUCCUGUUUUCGUUUGUGCUCUUGUUUUGGAAACUUGUCCGUUCUUCCAAAGACGUGUGAGAAGUCAUUCUGUCUUAUGCUAACAUAGUUAGCCGUGCGCGUGGCCUGAACGUUAUCGCAUAACACAGGAUAACUAUUUAUCUUAUACGGGAUUAUAGGGUGCUUGUAAAACUUGUUUAUUAUUAUUAUUAUUAUUGCAAAUAGUAUUGUGGUGUUUUCGAAAAAUGUCUCGGAACCAGUAAUGGAAGAAGGAAGAGAUCAGAACUAAAGACUGUUCAUCUCCAGCUCUACUGCGGGGCUUUAGCUGAGGAACAUCCGGCGUUAAAAGCUGCAUGACAGCGGUGAGAUGGAGCAUCUGUCGUCCGGGAAUAAUCAGAUCUUGAGCGGCUCGGAUGCAGACUCGGACACGGCAGAGGAGGAGGAGCCGGGCUGCAUGGAGAGGAGCAGCGAGCAGCAUCGGAGAGCAGAGCGAGAACACGGCGCCCCUGCACCGGCCACAGGUCGCGCAAUGGUCGGCGGAGUAACAGGCGCUAAACCAGGCAAAAAGACCCGCGGGAGAGUCAAAAUUAAAAUGGAGUUCAUUGACAACAAGUUGAGACGGUAUACCACUUUCAGCAAAAGAAAGACUGGCAUCAUGAAGAAGGCAUAUGAGCUUUCCACCCUCACCGGGACUCAGGUGCUGCUGUUGGUGGCCAGUGAGACAGGUCAUGUUUAUACAUUUGCAACACGGAAGCUGCAGCCAAUGAUCACGAGUGAGACAGGCAAGGCACUGAUCCAAACGUGUUUAAAUUCACCCGACUCUCCACGCGCCGAUUCAGCCGCUGAUCAGAGGAUGAGUGCUACGGGCUUUGAAGAGACUGACCUCACAUAUCAGGUCACAGAGAGCGAUGGCAGCAUAGAGGAGAAGGAAGUUAACAAGUCUGCAGGAACUAUAAUGAGCAGCAGUGUAGAGACACCCUCCACUUCCUGUGCUCAGUCAGAGAGCAUCGGACCGCUGCUUCCUGCUGCCACCUGCUGGUCAGUGUCCAACGGUACGCUGGUGAAGACGUCUAACUCUGCAGCUGGAGUAGUGCAGCUCCCCGCUGGAUUCACGCUCUUGCCUGGUACAGCAGUGUCUCAAUCAGCUGAGAGCAGUGAAGUGCAGAAUUUUAGCAGCGCAGCUGGAAGUCACUCUGCAGUGAUGACCUCCUCAAUAGCGGGACAUGUUAUCUGCCCGAGCGCAGUGGUGUAUGCUAACUCGGCCUCCACAUUAACGGAUCACACACUCACACAUGAUAAUCUUUCUGGGUGUAUGUUUUCAGUUCCUCAGAUGUUCCUCACAUCUCCUAAUGGAACGGUUCAGAUUCCAGUCUCUGCUGUUCCACUGCAUUCGAUGUUGAUAAAUCAACAGAACUCCAGCAGCACACACACUUUGACAGAGUUACGUGGCGUCAACUUGGACAAUUCGAAAUCAGAGUGAUGCACACUAAGUGUGUGUAAUGGGACAAGUGUGUUUUCAAUGCAGAACAGUAUAUAUAUAUUUUUAAUUAUGGUUUAUAAUAAUUAUGGCAACUCUAUUCUUCCUUUUACUGUUUCCUCAGUUCAGUUACACAUGUUCAUACAGACUCUCACGUGCACACACUCAAAUUUGUACACUGCACAUUACACAGCUGUUUUUUUUUUAUGUUUUUAAAUAAACUUCAAACCAAUCUCCAAA